UGGCUAUCAGGCUGGCUUCUAAUCCCAUAUCCAGGGAGGCGCCAGCUUUGCUCAGACUGUGUGCCUACUGACACAGCCUACUGUAACUGCGGACACUCUACAGUGCUGACCCCAACUGGAUUUUGUAACCAGAAACGGUGUGAAGAUGGCAAGCACAUUCACCAAGAUGUUGUCAGGCCGUACCACUGGCUUACUCAUUGCAAGUCUAGGAGCUGGCGCCAUGGCGACCGGUUAUUUGAUGAGUGAGAGUGCCACUAUCUCUGCAGAGCAGAGGAGGAAACUCUACCCUCCCAGUGCUGACUUCCCUGACCUUCGCAAGCACAACAACUGUAUGGCCAGUGCACUGACACCUGCCAUCUAUGCCAAGUUGAGGGACAAGAUCACCCCAAACAACUGGACUCUUGACCAGUGCAUCCAAACUGGUGUGGACAACCCCGGUCAUCCCUUCAUCAAAACAGUGGGGAUGGUUGCUGGUGAUGAGGAGAGCUAUGAGGUGUUUGCUGAAAUUUUUGAUCCAGUAAUCAAGAACAGACACAAUGGCUAUGACCCAAAAACCAUGAAGCAUCCCACUGACCUUGAUGCCUCCAAGAUCACAUCAGGCAUGUUUGACGAGCGCUACGUUCUGUCCUCCCGCGUGCGCACUGGCCGCAGCAUCCGUGGCCUCAGCCUGCCACCUGCCUGCAGCCGCUCCGAGCGUCGUGAGGUGGAGAGGGUGGUUAUCCAAGCCUUGGCUGGACUGAAGGGAGAUCUGACUGGAUGUUACUACAGCCUCACUGAAAUGACUGAAGAUGAGCAGCAGAGACUUAUCAAUGAGCAUUUUCUCUUUGACAAGCCUGUGUCUCCCCUGCUCACUGCAGCUGGGAUGGCCAGGGACUGGCCUGAUGCUCGUGGGAUCUGGCACAACAACGAGAAGACCUUCUUAAUAUGGGUCAAUGAAGAAGACCACACCCGUGUCAUCUCCAUGGAGAAGGGUGGCAAUAUGAAGAGAGUGUUUGAGAGGUUCUGCCGAGGACUCAAACAGGUGGAACAACUUAUUCAGGAGAGAGGCUGGGAGUUCAUGUGGAAUGAACGUCUUGGCUACAUCCUGACCUGCCCAUCCAACUUGGGUACCGGUCUCAGGGCUGGAGUACACGUCCGCUUGCCAAAGCUCAGCAAGGACCCACGAUUUGGCAAGAUCCUGGAUAACUUGCGGUUGCAGAAGCGUGGCACUGGCGGAGUAGACACGGCAGCUGUGGGCGACAUCUUUGACAUCUCAAACCUUGACCGCCUAGGCAAAUCUGAGGUGGAACUGGUGCAGUUGGUAAUUGAUGGUGUCAACUACCUUAUCGAGUGUGAGAAGAGAUUGGAGAAGGGCCAGGAUAUUAAGAUCCCUGCACCUAUCCAACAGUUCAGGAAGUGAGCAAUGCACCUCUGAUAAAGGCCGGACCCAGUACAGCAGAGAUAAACAUGGGCACUCCUUCCACCAAUCCCAAAAACAGAAGGUUUAUACAUACACAAUGCUCAAUAAAAUGAACCCUAAAACUACAAAUGUUUAUUAAUUUGUCUCCAACCACUAAGACAAAUGUUUGACUGCUCAAAAUCCAAAAUUAUCGAAGUAGACAUGCAUGCAAUUUUGUUCAAGUACUCACCUUAUUUUGCUGUCAGAAGCAUUCUACUCCUUGAAGGUAUUUACCAGCAGGGUACCACUAACAAUGGUGACACAGCUACAGACCAUCUCAGACAGUAAUGGGUUUAUUGUAACAACAGUGAGCCAAGCUUCUAGUGGCAGGACAAAUGGUCCGUGUGCUUAAAUAACUGGUCAAUCAAACCAAGACUGUCUUGUUUCAAAUUUCUUACUUGCUAAGUUCUUAUAGGAAUUUUCUGAUUGAAAUACAUCUUAAAGUCUAUUUACAGCUUUUGUGGAAUGCCACAGAAAAUAAUUUUGAAAAAACAAACAAAAAAAAAACAACGUCAACAGUAAUGUGUAAACAAUGGAAGUCUAAGUCAGACUUGGGUAAGAGUCUAAUCAUUUUCUGUGGUAAUCGACUGCAUGCCGCAGCUCCUGUCCAUAGAGCUUAAGUUUUAUUUUACCAGAACAUUCCUUAAAGGAUAGUUCAUCCAAAAAUGGAAAUUCUCUCAUGAUUUACUCACUCUGUAUUGUUCCAACCCUGUGAGACUUUCUUCCGUGGAACACAAAAGGAGAUCUUAGGCAAGAUGUUAGUCUUAAUUAUCCUUCAAUUCCACUGCAUUUUGUUUUUUUUGUUUUUUUUUGCUGAGGCUGUUAGUCCCUAACACUCUAUGUGGGUAUGACAAAAUUUUCAUUUAACCUUUAGGAGUUUGAACUGCACUGUUUGUUUCACAAUCAUCUGAGUCAAUUAAUAUUACAAUCUUGUUAAAUAAAAAUGCUAAACUUUGUAAACACUGUAUUCUUAAAAGCACUUUUGUUUACCAAGCAGAAACAUUUAGUUGCUUUUCGGCUGUUCCAUUAGUCCAGAUCUAGUGUUGAAAUGUCUAUUUUGACAGAGCCCCCUUUUCCAUGAUGGUUUAAACUGUAAUUAAAUUACCUUAAUGCCAGACACUGGACUCCUAUCAUUAGACAGUCUAAUCUAGAAGGGCCAAUUGCUCCAUUUAGAGCUGCUUAGUGCCGUAUCUCAUGCUAAACUUAGUUCUAUACUUAAGAGGGAAAUGGAUUAGGGGUGGGGCUACAGGAACCAGAAGUGUAAAAGACUGUGGAAUCGGUGGAUCCCAGCAGCAUUGUAAAGUGUGGGCUACUUUGUCAUUUUGUUGGAUGCAUAAGACACUGAAAUAGAAUACAGAUGGGCAUUUCUAGUAGGGAUGGGCACAAGUACUUGGGUACUCGGACAUGGCAGCAAUGAUCGAUCAUGAAAACAAUGAUCAAUGGUGAUCAUGCAUGAUGUGACUUUUCACUUAAUUCGAAAUUCAGUGACAAUUUCCUGACAACUAAACACAAACAUGUCAAAGAGGGAGCUUAUUUUUCAUUUUGAGAUUGAUUAUGUUGUGGUUUUGAGGGGUACAUUGAUUGUCAGAGACGUCUCAUAACAACCAAACUGAUAUAUGAUGCUGCAAUGCCAUCAAUACGAUAAUCAAUAGUGUAAUUAACCAUGUUUUGAACACCU